CGUGGCUUUUUUACCGACGCGCUGCGCUCAAUGAUGGAUCGAGUUUAUGAGUCGGCAUCCGAAAGUCCCAGAGCCUACGCACGGACCCUCCGGAGGAACCUUCUUGCAUAAGGAAACUGGCUCCUGCGCGUCCAUUUAGCGUGGCAGUGAUCUGGGUUUCUUAACCAUGUCGAUGCUGGAUUCAUUCUUCGCGAAGGGCUUCAAAGCUGCAAAAUGUAAAACCCUUUUGAAGUUGACCGUUCCUCGGAUAAAGUUGCUGAGGAACAGGAGGGAGAUUCAGAUAAAGCAGAUGCGCCGUGACAUUGCGAAGCUGCUUGAAACCGGUCAAGAAGCUACUGCUCGUAUUAGGGUGGAGCAUAUCAUAAGAGAAGAGAAAAUGAUGGCAGCUCAAGAGAUCCUAGAGCUCUUUUGUGAGCUCAUUUCUGUUCGCCUUCCGAUCAUUGAGGCACAGAGGGAAUGUCCUAUUGACCUAAAAGAAGCAAUAUCCAGUGUGUGCUUUGCUGCCCCCAGAUGUGCCGAUCUAACGGAGCUGCUACAGGUUCAGAUGUUAUUUGCAACAAAGUAUGGGAAAGAAUUUGUAGCUGCUGCUACUGAACUUAUGCCAGAUUGUGGAGUUAAUCGACAGUUAAUCGAGCUGCUAUCAGUUCGAGCCCCUGCCCCUGAAGCCAAACUAAAGCUUCUUAAAGAAAUUGCUGAAGAGCAUGGGUUAGAAUGGGAUCCUGCUGCCUCAGAAUCUGAGCUUUUCAAAUCCCAUGAAGAUUUGCUGAAUGGAUCCACACAGUUUGGAAGUGGAUCUAAAUUACCCCUGCCUAAAGAGAAGCAUGAUGAUUCGCUGUACUCAACACCAGAUCAUGCCCUUAAUGAACAGCCCGAUUCUGAUACAGGCUUUGAUUCAUUGGAUUUUCCGGAGGUUCCCAAGAUUUCAGUACAGCCAAAUUCAAAUGCAGCCUCAGCACCAGAGAUUAUUCCACCCAAUCCAGUUGUUGCGAGCCCUGCCGACCACAAAGUUGGUGAUGAAUCUUCACAGCUCUCUGGAAAUGUGGAAACUUUGUCCCUUCAGAAGCAUUUGGAUCCCAAGGAUGUAGUGGAAGAGAAUCUUAUAGACCGCAAAGAUGAAACUGCUAACAGUUCUGUUGAUGUCAAGGAAGAUAAACAGUUCCUGCCAUUUAUUUCUCCCCCAUCACUUUCAUCCGCGUCAUUCUGUGCAAGAGAAAGUGCUCCUCCAUGCUCUCUUCCAAGGACAAAGAGCGACACACAGGAUGUGGAUUUUCAAGAUGUGCUUGCUGCUGCUCAAGCUGCUGCUGAAACUGCUGAGCGUGCAGCAGCUGCCGCCCGUUCUGCAGCUAGUCUUGCGCAAGUCAGAAUCACUGAGCUCACCAGGAAAAAAUCGGCAGUCCUGGGUGAUUCUGAUAACCCAUUUUAUGCGGCCACACCUGAGUCUGCUAAUGCUCCAACUCCUGAACUCGAACACAAAAGAUCUUUGGAGCAUUCUGAUCAGAGCUUCGAUUCGUUGGAUGACCAAGUGGUUCAUAAAGACCUGGAGGAGUCCAGUGUGUCAAAUCAGCCACCGCCUGAGGAGGUUAAGUUUAAUACUGAGUCGUUAGUGUCCAAUCACAAGGUUCACGAGCAUAACUCUGAAUAUCACCAGCCUGAGAGAUCCACCUCAAUGGAUGAACCAUAUUUUUCGUACCCAAACUUGUUCUCAUCACAGAGCAUCGAUGUCGGAUCUGGUUCCCAUUCAUUCAAGGAUAAUUCCCGGCCAAAAUAUGAUCCAUGAGUGAAUUUGUCUGUAAAAAGUUUGGUGAGAUACUUCUAUAUGCUACUGUGUUGAGUUGGCCCGUUGCAUAUUGUUUCACUGUUUAGCUUUCAUCGGCCUUUUGUAUAGGGAAGUACAUGAGGAUUAUGAAAAUUGUUGCUGUAUGAUGAUAAUUGCUCCUUUGAAUUCA